UGUGUAGCGUUAUAAAAGCCCGACCAGAGAACUGUGAACGUGAGUCCUGUGUUGCUGAAACCGUAGAGGUGCACGGAUACAUACAGCACACGAGCACAGGGAUUUUAGAGUCUUCUGAGAUCCUUGGAACGUGAGUUAUUCUGCAAACGGUGACAAAAUGAAGGUCGCUGCACUCCUUAUCCUCGGUUGCCUGGUUUGGGAAGUUUUGGCAAAGCCUCAGUUUCCAGAACAAGAGAAGGACCCUGAUUUCUGGAAGGGUUGGGCUCAGCGCUCACUGAAAACUGCUUUGACCCUCCAAGAGCUCAACAAGAACGUUGCCAAGAACGUCAUCCUUUUUCUUGGUGAUGGUAUGGGUGUAUCUACGGUCACAGCAGCACGGAUUCUAAAGGGUCAAAUGAGUGGACAGAGUGGUGAGGAAACACAACUGGAGAUGGACAAAUUCCCCUAUGUUGCCCUCUCUAAGACAUAUAACACUGAUGCUCAGGUACCAGACAGUGCAGGCACUGCCACGGCAUAUCUGUGUGGGGUCAAAGCCAACGAGGGAACGGUUGGAGUGAGCGCAGCAUCUGUAAGAUCCCAGUGCAACACCACUCAGGGGAACGAGGUCACCUCCAUUCUUAAAUGGGCCAAAGACUCAGGCAAAUCAGUGGGAAUUGUCACAACAACACGAGUGAAUCAUGCCACUCCGAGUGCCUCGUAUGCCCACUGUGUAGAUCGGGACUGGUAUUCAGACGGGGAGAUGCCAGCUGAAGCACUGCAGAGUGGAUGCAAAGACAUUGCCAGACAACUCUUUGAAAAUAUCCCUGACAUUAAUGUAAUUAUGGGGGGUGGGCGGAAAUAUAUGUACCCCAAAAACACACCAGAUGUGGAAUACCCAGGAGACAAGAAACACAACGGUACACGCAAAGAUGGCAGGAACCUUGUGGGGGAGUGGAUUGACAGAGUGAAGGAUAAGAGAGGUUACUAUGUUUGGAACAAGAAGGAUCUCCUUUCCCUGAAUCCAAAUAAUGUGGAUUAUCUGUUGGGUCUGUUUGAGCCAGCAGACCUGUCCUAUGAGCUUGAGAGAAACGAAGAAACCGACCCUUCCCUCACUGAGAUGGUAGACGUGGCCAUUAAGAUCCUGAAAAAAAAUGAACGCGGGUUCUACUUGCUGGUGGAAGGUGGGCGCAUUGACCACGGACACCAUGAGGGCAAAGCGAAGCAGGCCUUACACGAGGCUGUGGAAAUGGAUCGGGCCAUUACUCGAGCUGGCUUCCUCACCAGCGUUUAUGACACCCUAACCGUUGUCACGGCUGAUCACUCUCAUGUCUUCAGCUUUGGAGGCUACACACCACGGGGAAACUCCAUCUUUGGUUUGGCCCCCACUUUGAGUGAUAUUGACCAGAAGCCCUUCACAUCCAUUUUGUAUGGAAAUGGCCCAGGGUUCAAGUUGGUUAACGGUUCCAGAGAAAAUGUCUCAACUGUGGACUACGAGCAAAACAACUAUCUGGCUCAGUCUGCCGUUCCCCUGCGCUCGGAGACUCAUGGCGGUGAAGACGUGGCCAUCUUCUCCAAAGGCCCCAUGGCUCAUCUUCUUCAUGGAGUCCAGGAGCAGCAUUACAUUCCCCAUGUCAUGGCCUACGCCGCGUGCAUCGGCCAAAACAAAGACCACUGCCGUGCAGACUCCGGCUCCUCUUCUCUCAGCCACAUCUCUCCUGUGCUGGCCGUUCUUCUCUCAGUUACAUGGCUUUUGUGCUGACCACUCUUCUUCAGAUCAUCUCUUAUCCUACCGUGAUUAGAUCAGGAGCUGAUUCUCUCAAGUGGAGUUUAUGAUUUUUUUUAUGACAUGUGAUUCAUUUUUAAAGCAUUUAUCAACUUCAGGACCAAUGUGUGGGCAUUUUGAAAAGGGCCAAUUUGAAGAGAUUCUGUUGCAAUAAUGGAAACAAAUUGUAAAACGUGGUUAAUUCCUUUUACUUGCCAUCAAGUGAUAUCACACAAGUAAGAUUGCUGGUGUACUGAAUAUCAGAACUGCUGUGAUUCAGUACAGAAGUGCAAAUGUGAGUGUGAUAUUGCUGUUCUCUAAAGAACAUAAUAAUGAAUAAUUUAGAUCAAAUCUGCCCAGCAAAAAUACUUCAAAAGGACGCCAAAAAAAUAUCACGCUUUCUGUGUCGCAAGGCAACAUGCAGAUUGACCGUCUGUCUGUGGAACGAAUUGUUGUUUAACAAGCUCACAUUACAGCAUUUUACCUCUGAAAUUUUGUGAGGUCUGCUGUCACAUGAGAUCAGUCCUUUUUUUUU